AUGAACAGAUAUAUGCGAAAGAUUUCUUUCUUUCUUUCUUUGAUCUACCAUUCUCGGCUUCUUUAUUUUUAUUGUUUUUUUUUCUCUUUCAGUCUCUUUAAUUCUGUUGUUUCUUUCUCUCUUUCUUUUUUAUUUGGUUCACAUGCUUCUUUUCCAGUCCUUACUAAUUUCUUUCUUUCUUUUUUCUUUCUUUCUUUUUUGUUUUGUUUCUUGCUUAUCCGUCUUUCUUUCUCUCUUUCUUUCUUUCUUUCUUUUUUCUUUCUUUCUUUUUCGAUCUACUUGUUUCUCAUCUCUUUAAUUCUGUUUAUUAUUGUUUCUUUCUCUCUUUCUUUUUUAUUCGGUUCACAUGCUUCUUUUCCAGUCCUUACUAAUUUCUUUCUUUCUUUCUUUCUUUCUUUCUUUCUUUCUUUCUUUCUUUCUUUCAAUUUGACUGUUUUCCAGUGUUUAUCUAUUUAUUCUUUCUGUGAGUCUUUUCUUGUUCGAAUUUUGUUUGCUUUAUUUCUUUUUCCUUUUCAUUUAUUCCUUCAUUCUUUCUUUCUUUCUUUGACUUCUUCACCUUGCCAACUUGGAGGCGUAAACCUUUCUCGUCCUUACCGCAGGAACUCUCUACCAACCCUAGCCCUAGUCUCCACUGCUUCCUUCCCCAUUCUUCACUCUCCAUUGAUGCUAAUUCUGUCAAGUGCAAAGGAUAAAUGGUCUGCUAGUUGUACCGGCCGUUUUAAGCCGAGCAUUAUUGACCAGUCUAUUCUAUGA